CCACGACCUGGUGCAUAGUGAUACUUGUGACUUGUAUCAGGAAGACUCAGGUCUGUGGUGCGGUAUGGAGUACUUACUAGAUUUGAGAGUUUCACAUCACUACCGAUUGGAUUUUGACUUCGUAUGUUAUUGUGUCUGAUUACUCAUCUCUCAGGUGCGCUCCAAAAUUUUAAUUUCUCUACGGAAGUUAUCGCUAGCUGUGGAGGAGAAUGACUCAACUAUGACCAUGAUUAUUUUCAGAAAGUAAAACAAGACCACCUUCGCCGGUCCAUAGCUGCUAUAAUGAGGCUAAGUACGCUUAAGAUGACCGCUUCCGUCCUGCUGCAGAUUCAUUUCUAGAAAUUCAGCGCACCUUCGCGUCUGAAAAUGGCAUCGUCAACAUCCUCUUCCGGCUUGCGAAAGCGCGGAAACAACGCGGGAGGAAUUACGUCCAACACAACCUCGAGCCGGAGCGCCUCGCCGAAUGAUCGUACAGUAGAUCUUCCUCGGAGUUCCGCGCCCCUCGCUCAGUCCUCCUCCCCGAACGAGCCACACGCAACUACGAGCCGCACGCGAGGAAGCGCCUUAUCAUUAGGCUCACCGACGAGAAAUCCGCUGGUGCAGCGGUCGCCGCAAAGCCAAACUUUGCCUGAUUUGCAUCCUGAUGUGGACGACGAGUCGUCUUCCGCGUCGGCCGGUGAAUCUUCCUCAGGGACGGCGAGCGCACCCAGCGGAGCCGGAUUUUUCCGUAUCUGAAUCUGCUUGUUUUUCGUUUUUUUGCAAUUUUAUUUUCGUCGUGUGGACAAGUUCUAGGUCGUGACAGGAUCUUUUCAAGAAUGAUGUCUAUCAGGAAGUCAGAUAUACUUACAACAAUGAACUCGUCACCGUGUUGAAGACAAUAACUUUUUGCACUGUCACACUAGGCAACCUCCGUCGAAAACGCACGGAGCUGCAGCUGCCCAGCAUGCCGCAGCUACCGCAGGGUAGUUGGGAGGCCUUGGCGAUUCCGAAUUUGCGGAAAUACCUGGAAAAGCCAAAGUCCAUGCAGAACCUUUUUACACACAGUCCAUACAGCUGGAUGGGUGGAACGUCAUCAAGUACUUCAUCAUCUAGAAACUCCGCCCCUCCCGGCUCGCCGUUAUUACCAGGCGCGGCUGCGGCCGCGAGUUCCGCUUCCGUUAAAAAUCUUGGGGUAAUAUCAUCAUCUUCUUCGCCACCGGGAGCAGUAGACCACAUGAUGGGUGGAGCAGCUCCCUCCCGUGGGUCGGUUGGAGCUGCACAUGGUCCACACCAGAUGUUGAACAAACCCGCACCGCUGAAUUUGCUCGGUGCCGCAGGAAAUGCCGCGACGGCCUCCGCGAGUCCAAAAUCCGCCAGCAACCCUUCCUCCGCGCGUUAUGAAUUGCAAAAGUAUCGUACUCGUAUAAAUGCAUUACAAAUUUUCUCAGCAUGAGAAAUGAAAUUUGUAAAUGCCAUGCGGACUUCGCUUGAGAAAAAAAAUUGUAAAUUAUGCAUGAUUGCAAAAAUACGACUGCGAUUCUUUUGCACAGGAUACGCGACCGUCGCCGCUGAAAAAGGCACAGGCGAUCGCGCACCAGAACAUGCACACGGAAAUUGUGUCCAUCAUCAACGACGAAUUCAGCGACGAGGGGAAACACACAUGGAAACUGGUUUUGAAGCAGAAAUGGCUGCGGGGCCGGCUCCUGCUCCGGUACUACGUGCCGGUAUCAUUUAUCCGCAGGACGCUGUACACAUUCACAUUUCUCUUCCCGGCGCUGUUUUGGAUUGUCCUCUUUUACCUGCACUUCCUGGCCGGUUACGAGGAUGGAAUUUUCGGCUUUGUCCGGCCGUAUUGGGUGCUGGUCAGGGAAAGCGAACUGGCGAGGAACUACCCGAUCAUCGGGAAUGUAUUGACGACAAUUGUCGAUUUUCUCCGGUACGCGGUGGUCGUGACCGGUACGCAACUGCUUCUACCCGUCGGGAUACUCGAAGGGGAGGGAAGUGGUGGAACUCCCGCACAAGAAUCAUCGCAACAAGGAUCUGGUGUAGUUCCUUCCGAUGUUCUUAACGCAGGAGAAACGGCAUCGAGUUCCUACUCUAGCUCCUACACGGUUCGCCUGACGAUUGUGAUUUUGACGCUCACCUCCGUCGGCCUGUUUCUUUCCAGAAACAAGGAAAGGAUCUUCAAGAAGCUCGGAAUAAUAGCAGGUGCUGCGCCACGACGAGAUAAUGAACAAGAGGGUCAACAUGGUUAUGGUUUUUCAUCAUCGCAAAACAAUUCCGAUCACCAGUCGGUAACCGACCAGUUGGAUCGGCGGUUUCAGUUCCUGAGUUCCGUCCUACUGUACUGGAUCGAAUCCAGCGAGUACGUGUACAGCAAGGGCGGGAGGUGCAGACGCCGGGUCGGCCGGAAACUCUGUUGGUGCCAGUGCUGCCGGCGGUCGAAGGUUCUGCAGCCGGACCCCUACCACAUUUCCCCCCAGGAGAAUUUGACGUUGUUGACCAUCCUGCACGACAAACUCCUAAAGAUCGUGGAGGUCUUCAUCUUCGAUUUGCUCUGCGCGAGUAGCUUUGCGCAGAAGAACCUCGAGGGGAUGCGGCAGGCGCUGGAGGGGGCGAAGCAGGCGCUGUACAACUCGUCCGUGCAGAUACACAGCAUGGACCGGGACCCGCCGUCGGUGCGGCAGUUUUUGGAGACUGUGUACACGUUUCUGGAUAUCAGAAUGAAAAAUGCCCCCACCCCCGAACUUGAAAGCAUUUGUAUUGCAAACCUUUCCAAAUGAAACACUCGCCCUCUUGCACCUAUCAGCAUCACAGGUUUCCAAUCGUGAAUAGCGAAAAUUUGUAUUGCAAAAGACCCCAGCAAGAGCGGCGCUUGUCAUGCAAGCGAUGCGAUACACGCCUAGACUCUGCAUCAGAAAGAUUCAUACUCGUUUCAUGCAUGACAAAAAGUUUUCAUUUGGACACUUCGCAUCACAAUUUUUUGCAAUUUGAGGGGUGGGGGGCACUUUUCACUGUAAUACUGGAGUCCGUGCGGGUGGUCUUUCUCGGAAACGAAGAUGAGGACAUAUCAGCUGCAAAACAAGUAUCGUAGUCGUACAUGUAGUAAUCGCUGUUAUGCAUGACAGAUUUCUUUUCUAAGCUCACUCGUUACAGGCAGAAGUGUUGUCCCCCCUCCCUCUCUCCGUUGCGUUGUUACUUCAUGUUCUUCCGUCUCUGCAUCUAAGAUCUAGAACCAACCAAAUUCUAAGCUCACUAGAGCAUGACAAAUUUAAAUUUUACUUUCCUUCCUAUACGAAAUAAUUUGUGAUGCGAGUACCACUUAGUACGAUGCUUUUGCAAUGCAUGAGACAGCACAGACGACGAGGUAGACUUUUUCUACGAGGCGAGCUCGGAUGAGCACGAGGAAAAUGGGGAUAGUGGUGCAAUUGGCACAACACAAAGUACUAGCAAGGUUUGCUCGUCAAAGACCACGAACGACACCACGGAAAACGAGGAACACAUGGACAACUUGGAGGGGAUAACAUAUCCGCUGCAAAAGUACUAUCGUAUCGUACUCGUACCUGUAAAAUCGCAAUCAUGCAAGACCAAUGUCGUCCUUCCGCUUCCCAAGCUAAAUAUCCACAUGACAAGCCUCAUUUUUCAUGUUACUGAGCUUCUAAAUUGCAUUGUUACUAGAGCUGUCGUACGUGAUGUGCGAAAAUACUUUUGCAAUGCAUAUCACAGACGGAACAUCUUCAGCAACCGGCAUAAUUCGUAAGCGGCGUCGCAGCAGCACACACACGGUUGUGGACCCAGAUUCCGUGCACCGGCAGGUACCGACCACCCGGCCGCGGCUAACAGACGACUUUUACCUCGAGGAUAAAAUGAAGACUGUAGCGGUACAGCAGACGCUUUUGAACGACCGGGAACUCAACAACGAAAGCGAAAGGAACAAUGUAGCAGAAAAGAACAAGAAGCCGGACGACGUGGUCCAUGGCACUACAACCGCAGGGAAGAUGAGACUAAAAUCAAUAGAGAAGAAGAAAACAUCAAAAGCGGCCUUCUUGAACAAGGCCAAAUCCGCAGCGGUUGGUGGGAUUUCCUCAUCAGAGCCAAAAACCGCGGAGCACCAGUCGCGCAAGCACCUGCACCCGAUCCUUUUCGUGGGUCCCUGCCUCGGCGCCAGGAUCGUGAAGGACGCCAGACCCGGGAAAACUAGUAACUCCUCAGAGACGAGCGCGGGUGGAGCGGGCCGAGCGAAAAAUCCAUCUCCGAACAACGAAGACCCUGUGGUCAACAGCGAACCUGAAGCGGAAGCGACACCGACGGCCGUGAAGGGGAAAAAUGAAAGGAAAAUUCAUCCGACGGCAGACGAUAUAGUUGAAAAAGAAAAUCAGCUCGAUCGCGGGUCUUUCUGGUGGGAGAAGCUUCCGGACCAUCCCACAGAAAAUCGAAAACUCACAGCGAAGGAGUGGCUGAACAGCUACCAAAACAACACGGACCGCUGGCUCGCCUCCCUCCAUCCCUCCCCCGAAGAGAUAGAAGCGAUCAAAAACGAGGAACUGCUCUGGAACCGGGGCAACUUCGUGUUGGACCCGCGCACCUACCGGAUGGUGAUGGGCAGCUUUGCGUUCCAAUGGGAGACCACGGCGAAAAACCGAGUUUUGGUGGAGGAAAGGAACGACUUGGAAGAUUUAGAGGCCGCCCGACGGGACCAUCACGGACAAUUGUACGGUGACGGUGGCCACCACCAUUAUGACCAGCACAACUCUGGUCGUGCUCAUAACCACUUCUACGCAGAGCAGCAAUACAACCCCCAGAGGAGCCCUUUUGGGGUCACCUCAGCUGACCUCUUGGGUACAGGUGGAGGUGCCGGUGGACCGCUUCAGUCGGCGAAAUUUGAAAGUUUCAUGUCCCGGGACAGCAGCCGGAGAAUGUUAGACGCGUCAGUAGCCACCUCGGCGCACCACAACUCGCUCUACUGGAAAGCAACCAGCAACCCAGCUGCGAGUGCGCAGGUUGCGCUGGCGCAGCAGAAGCAGCUCACCGGCAGUGGUCCUGUAGUUAGUACGAAAAUGGCUUUAAAAAGUCAGGGAGGUGGGUCUAAUGGAUCUCUUGAAGGAGCGCCUCCAGAGCAUCCAUCUACUGUGUCAGAAGAUCUGUACUCCCGCAUGACACACAACGAGAAGGACAGAAGCAAGGACCCUAUCCCUAACAUCAGCCUCUCAACAGCAGCAGUGAGAAACAAGCCUCUGGGAGCUGCAGGAGGAGGAUUUCCACCUGGCGCUGGCACAGCAACACCAUCCUCUUACGACCAGAAGUUCUCCCAACACGACCCCAACGCGGGCCCACUAGCACCCCCACCCCCUCUUCCGAACCGGUACGAGGAAUCCUUUUCCCGGCAAACCUCCAACACGAAUACCAGUGUCGAGCCGCUACCGCACGAUGCUUUUCAACAACAUAUUACCGACGAAACUUACGAGAACUACCUCCCGACAUCCUACAAGCUUCACCAAAGGGAGUUCAAAUUGCACAGCUCCAACCACUCCGGCUGUUCUGCGUUGCGCAACAUCCUGCCGUUCCGCGAAGUCUCUCCCGCGGAGGGCUACGCGGUACCGUGGAACGUUUUGAUGUUCGCCCACUUGAUGCGCCAAGGGUACACGCGCCGGCGCGUUGGGAACCUCUUCUACGACUGGCGCAAAUCGGCUCUCGAGUGGGAGCAGGACGGCACUUUUGCGCAGGCGAAGUUGACUUUGGAACUGUACCGUGCUCGCUACAACAAGCCCGCGGUGCUGAUUUCCUGGAGCCAGGGCGGCAGGUUUGUGCACAGCUUUCUUGACUGGCUGGAACGAACGUGCGACAGAGAAGAGUUGGCGAAAAUUUGCGCGCAGUAUAGAAGUCCGACACCAUCUACAACUCCACCGGUUACGAGCAUUACAAAUUCAAAUCAUGUUCCGCAACUGUACAAGACGUUACACGUAAAACACUGGAUCUCCAUCGCCGCCCCGUUCGGCGGCGCACCAAACGCGUUGCUUGGCAGUCUGAUGCCGCACUCCGGCGCGAACUACCACCUCGGGCAGGUGAUCCCCUGGGUGCGGGACAUUGACUUGCGAAACCUCACAUGCACCUGGCCAGGUGUCGCGUACUUGCUCCCGCAACCCGGGGCACUACCCGCGAAAUCCGACUGUCUGAUCCGCGACGCGCGCGGCCGGGUGCACGCCCGGUUCGAGAGCAUCAUCGUGGCGUGUCGCAGAAACCUGGUUGAAUUCCAGCCGGUCGACGACUAUGUUUCAACAUCAUCUUCCGAGGCGGGGUCCGGGUCCUCGUUGGACAGCGAGGACGAACUUCGGGCAGAUCAGGUUAAUAUGAAGAAACGACGUUCAUCAAGCGGUGCCGGUGGUAUCGAAAACCUCCAAAAAAAUAACACCAGGACCAUCACGGGCACAGCUACGGCCGAAGAAACAAGCCAAAGCGACGAGCAGACAGACCGAAACGCAACGGGGGUCGUCGACGUGGAAAGGCUCGAGAUCAAAGGGGCCAGCGACGAUGCCGCAACCGCAAAACAACCCAGCAUGCGCAUGACGAAAGUUUCCGCGGCGACCGCCGUACAAGUGACAGGAGGACCGGCGCGGGAGAAGUUUUCAUCCGCUUCCACGAAAAGCGGCAAUAGAACCCGAACGCGUUCCGGCUUCAGAACAAGUUCUUCUCCACCGGGUGAGGAAGCCGACAACUCGGAGGAGGAGAUCGACGAGCUAGUACGUCGGCCGCUCAGCAUAUGACAUUUCACAACUCCCCCUCCCCCUCAUUUGUCAUGCAAAAUACCCAAUCCACCGUUUGCCUCUUGGCACUGUUUGCAUGAUAAGUUCUGGUAGCCCAAGUAGCACUACAAUCCAGUGCAAAUUUGUCAUGCAAAACCGGCACUCUUGCUGAUGCUUGUCGUGUUGCCGUAGUUCAUGCUAUACCUAUACAAAUGAGGGGGAGGGGGAGUUGUGCACUGCCAUACAGCAGCACGCAACGACGCCCGGACUCCUCGCGUGUUGGUGGUCCCGGGUCGUCUACUAGGCUGUCUCUGUCCGCAGAGAGCUCCUCGUCCGGAGCCACAGUGGUGGCUGCAGGAGCUGUUGACGGCAGAAGUAACAAUAAAGCAGGUCAUCUUGCGCGAGAAAGUGCGGCGGAAGCGGUGCCGGAGGCUGAGGAAAACGAAAACAUGAAGUCAGCAUCUGCAGCCCGAGCCCUCGGUGGUGGAGCAGAAUCUACACAGCGAACGAAGAAGAGCAAUAAACACAAGAAUAGACUGAUAAAAACCGAGGGAGACGAGCAGCAGUCUGCAACGAGCCAGCUUUUCGGGUCCGCCACGGAAGGGGAGGAAGUCCGGGAAUUAUGAACUGCAAAAGUAUCGCACUCGUAUAAAUGCAUUACAAAUUUCCUCAGCGUGAAAAAUAAAAUUUGUAAUGCUGAUUUUCCGCCAAAAAAAAAAAAAUGUAAUGCGUGAUAGCAAUUACUACGAUACUUUUGCACAGGAUAGGAGUUGUUCGAGUGCAACGACGUCCCUGCGAUCUUUCUCCACUCGGCCCACCACUGGCGGAAUCUGAUGCACGCCGCGGCGAGGAGAUGGCGCUUGGCUAGAGCAGGCGCUAGUACUGCAGCAGCGGGGGUGGACAACUUUUUGAAUAAUGCUGAUAUUGAACAAAGCCAAAACGGUACUGUCAAAACGACUACAACGACACCCGGAGCUGGAACGUCUCCAAAUCUCCAGCCACUGGACAUUGAAGCCGUCUUGGCGCAAUCCAACAUCGCGUCCAACGUUGUCAUUAUACCAGAUAAGGAGGAAGCGGAAGAUGAUGUCGAUGGUGCAGAUGAAUUAAAGAACCGGUCAACGAUGGCGGAAGCGAUGAAUCUAGUCCGGAACAGUGCUGCGGAAGCGGGCGGAAAAUGGUCAGGAAUUUCCGAUGUGGACCGUCUGAGCGGGGGCUUUGCUGAGGAUAAUUUCACCGAAAAUGUCGCGAAGCAGAUGCACCAGCCGCAGAAUCAUCAAAAUCUAAAUCGCAAGCGCAAGCCACGACCGACAAGUCUAUUCGGUAUGCUGUUCCUGCACUGCAAAUCCCGAAAGAAAGAAGUCCAGAAACUUUUUUGUCGAAGGAGAAAAAAACAAGACAUAAAGUUGUCAAAAACUACCGAAUCCAGUACUUCGGAGGUCGCCAGCAAUGAUGACCACGAACAUCAGGAAGGAGAAACUGAUGCAACGAGGAAAAAGUCCAGCACAGAUGCCACGACCGAUGAAACGAUAAAGAACAAAGAGCAACUAGCAGCAUCCAAGGACGAACAGGACGACCUCUCCGAUGCGUCGACCGAGUAUUUUGACGAGGAAGAGAAUUCGGGCCAAUCGCCGUUCGACGACGAAAACAGUCAGCCAGACAAUGCCAAAGUCGACCCGCUGGUCGCGGAAUACGCGCGGUGUAAGGAAUCCAUGCUAAUGUCGGAAAUCAUGGCCUGCAUGUCCAGCAAAAUGGAGAAGAGACACGGCUUCCGCAACCUCCUUCCGCCAAAGGUUCCCGUAACCGCCCUAGUGGGAACGAAGAUCCAAACCGGGUACCAGUACCGGUACGACGACGGUAUCGAGAAUUUCCCGACGAAAAUUUUCUACACGCACGGGGAUGGGACCGUUCCCUGGGAGAGCUUGGUCAUGUGUAAGUUCUGGGCCGGGAAAUAUUACCGGGAGAAGUACCUGUUUAAGUACGAACACGGGACGACGAUGAACUCCACAGCAACGGAACAAAAUCUAAAUCACCCAGAUCAUAAUUUUCACGAACUACAUCAAGGCGAACUACAAGCCGCUUGUUCUUCAUCCUCCUCUUCCCGCUCUAGCAGUCACAGCAAGCCCAGACUGCCGAUGGCCACUGCAGCGGCCCAGGCCGCGUCUUCCGCCCUGCGGAAAACGAUCGGCGGGAAAAAUACCACUUCGACUGGAAGUCAACAGGGAAAAAAUCCGGCGCUACUGUGGCGGAAGCGGAAGAGCCCGUCGGUCGAGGAGUACCGGAAAGUGCUGAACAAAGCGACGGUUUACGAGGUGGAAGAAGAAGACAUCACUAGGUUGCAACAGGACGAGCCGGUGGAUAUUUUGAUUAUGGAGGGUGUGGGGCAUUUGGACACGCUGUAUUCGAAAAUGACCGCGGAAGCGAUCUCCGAUUUGCUGCUCGGGAUCAACAGGACGAAUGUGGACUCUCAGGGCGUGGGGGGUGGGACAACUGGGGGGAUUUAAGAGGAGGCAGAGUUGUAGACUCACGACCGCCCGUCGUGCACGUGCAGCUUCUGGUUCUGUCUACAUAAUCGCAUAGAUUGAUACAUCAGGAAUGUCAGAAUCUCUGAAAUUUUAAGAAGAGAAUUACCCAGAGAAUUGAAAGUACGCAUAAUGUUGCUGUUUAGGUUUAUGAAAAUCUGCCGCGCAUAGAUGACUCCACAACAUUUCCUUAUUUUCCGAGAAAGCAAUUUUUUGGCACGUCAACACAUGCAGUUGCAAUACGGUCUGCGACAUAGUACUACAUCUUCACAUGUUUAUCGACAAUGAUACGAUCACCCUCACCACCCUCACGUUAUAUAACAUUCACCGCGCAUUAAUCAUUUUGGAACCUCCGUGAAAGACAAAGACGAAGACAAUUAACGAAGUUGCGCGCUAGCGAUA